AUGUGUUUGCUGCUCUCAGUGUUUGCAAAGACCGCAGACUCUAAGGACCGCUCCCGGUGCAGGAAAAGCAAAAGCUGUGGUUGGCGACUGGGGGCCGGCCGGGCCACAUCACUCGUUGUCCUUCACCUGACUGAGUACACACCCCUGGAGGGAGAUGGGGCCAUGGUGGGUCAGGGGCCCCUGCACAGCCCACUCGGCCUCCUGCUGCUGGCAGCCCUCUGCCUUCUGCAUCCAGGGGCCUCGGGGCAGCUCCAUCCGACCCGAGGAGCCCCCAAGGAGACCUCCUCCAUCCAGGGAGCGCGAGGCAGCUCAGCGGAGCCAGCCUGUGGCGCCCAGCCUGCCCCCCUGGGGGCCUUCUGGAGCUUCACUCCCCUGGUCUUGAUGAUUCCCCAGCCCGCGGCCGUCGCCAGUGGAGGGGAGUUCAAGGUGGAGGCCAGCGCCGCAGCUCUGGGGGCCGCCCUACAUGCGGCCAGCAGCCAGCUCCACGCCACCGACUCCUCCCUCGCUCUGGCCGGGCACCCCAGAGGGCUUGAGCUGCUGUGCGGCCUCUCCUGCCUCUGGCCAUUGCCCGUAUCGAAGCCUCAGGUGCGGCUGAGCGACCCGUCCCCAGUGGAGGGGGCCUCCUUGGUGGCCACGCAUGCAGUACGGGAGGGCACGGAGCCUGUGACCUUUGCCCGGCAGCAUCAGACACCCCGAGGCUCUCUAGAGGCUCUCGUGGGGGUCACGAAGCAUCUGAUCCAGCUGGACCCCGUCAACUGGACACACCUGGGCUAG